AUGCGCGACGAUGUGGAGGAUGACAUGCUGGAUCCCGAGUACUUGCUGCUCGAGAGCUCGACCUCAACUCUGCUUGCCGAAGAUGCCAGCGCGGAUAAUUCAAUGAGGAUGGCUCCGAUCUUCACUGGAGAUGCGCUCGCUGUGGCAGGAGAGAGGGUCUUCCCUCAGCGAGCGCUGUACGGACGUAUUGUCGCGCAGGAAGCGGAUGGACUCCCGAAGACCGUUAUCUCUCCCAAGCUUUAUAUCAACAGUAACGCACCAUUUAGUGCGGUUGGAUCUGGCAUAAGCCAUACCACAUCCGUUUUGUUGGAGAGUUGUUUGAUACAGGACCCACGCCUGGGUACGCUUCCAGCUCCGCUGAGCGGCAUUGUCUUCCACUUUGAUUACGGAGCGAAAGGAGGGUCAAAACAGCCAUGUGAAGCGGCGUAUCUUGCAUCGCUGAGCCGCACUAGGGGCGGAAAUGCUACGCCUCCCAAAGUCACUGUGCUUGUUCUUCCCACUGCUAUACGAACCAUGAGGGCCGUAUAUGCGGGUUUAGCUGCUGUUGACGUCCAACCUCUCCAUUUUGCUCCCGAAGACAUCAGUGGCGAACGACUUCUUGCCAUGAUGAGAGUAGAUACAGAACAACGCAUGCCACAUUAUAUGGAAUGCAUCAUGUCCAUUCUACAUGGAAUGGAUCCUUUCGAUUACGACAAGUUUCGGGACCAGCUAGCGGCACAAAAGUUUGACAGGACACAAGAAACCAUGCUCGAUUUUCGCUUGAGCCUCCUUGACUCCUGCCUGCAAGGGGGAAAUGCCGAAAACCGGGUUAGCGCUCAGUUCAAGGCUGGGCAACUCACGAUCAUCGACCUCUCUUCUCCUUUCAUGGAUGCAUCGUCUGCUUGUGGCUUCUUCGAUACCAUCCUUGGCUUGUUCAUAGAAGCGGACAUAGCUGCGGCUGGGAAGCUGAUCGUUCUUAACAAGGCGCACAAGUACCUCACCGAGAAUGGCUCCUCCGCACGUCUCACUGACUCGUUGCUCCUGGUCGUUCGAGAACAGCGGCACCAUGCCACUCGCGUCGUAAUAUCCACUCAAGAACCCACCGUCGUACCUUCCAUGUUCUUGGACCUCUGCUCUUUCGUCAUUGUCCAUCGAUUCUCAAGUCCGGUAUGGAUGAAACACCUCGUUAAUCACUUACCUGCUGCAAAUAAACUUAGCGAUGAACGAUUUUCCAAAGUCGUCUCCCUCAGAACCGGCGAAGCGAUGAUCUUCGCACCCUCGGGGCUGGGAGCCACUGGCAGGGGCGAAUCACGCAUGGCGACUGUGCGGACAGGAAUCAACAUGGGCACCCUGCAGCCGCUUGGACAAGGAUAUCUUCUGGCCAAUCUGCUGUGGUGUGUUCUGCGCAUAGUCACCCUUCAGAUGAGCCUCGUGGUGGGCCCCCAAUCACGACUUGUAACUUCCACGGGUCAGCUCUAUCAAACCCUCUCGGGUGCACCUUCCACUUCCCAGCCUGCGCCAUCGUCGAUAAACCCAUUGGCGGCGGCUGCGGAACAAUCUCAGGAGGGCCCGGUAUCGUUCGACGGGAACCCACAGCUGCGAUUCCAGGAUCUCCUCAGAUUCCUCGUCGACAAUCGAGCGAAGGGUGCUGCCCGUGUUUCGCUGUCUGCGGUGGUCGUGUUUCUGGACGGCCUAAAGGUCUGUCCGUAUGUUGGCCAAAGGCUCACGGCAUACCUCGAAGAAGCCGUGGCCCUCAAAUAUGUUCAUCGUCUUGAUGGUGAAGAUGGUAUCUGGCUUCGGCCUACCGACUUCGCUCCCAUCAUCAGCGUCCUGGAUUUUCACCGGCACAACGGAUAUGCAAAAACGAAAGCGGAGCAGGUUUUGUAUGCAGUCCGCAAAUACUUCCCUUCUGUUCUGAGGAAUCAAACCUGGAAAGCAUACGUGGCUGAGGCUGCAGAUGCUGGAGCUGUCGUCGUGGACCAGGACUGGGUGAUGUUACCACAAGGCACGCUAGCCAUAGAACACAAGCAGUUGCCAACCGUGGCCCCUCUCCCUGGGAGGUUUGUCUCUGCACAAUCUGUACCUCAACGAUCAGACCCACCGGCGAGCGAACUCGAGCAUAUGCCGACCGCGGUCACUGUUCCUGACAAAUUCGUUGCCGUAAACCCCGUAUAUAAAAAAUCAGAACCACCAGCGAUAUCGAUCAAACGCGAUCAAGCACCAAGCGCGGACCCUCUCCCUGGAAGAUUCGUCCCCGCACAGUCUGCGCCUCAGCCAUCACAUAUACCUGUCAACGAAUCACUGCUCGGGAACACGGCAGAAACUCCCAACACUACCGCUUCUGUGACGCCUAUUAGGGGCACAGAAACCACCGCUGCGCCCGUUCGACUUUGUUCCUCUCUAUCUUGCUAUAGCGAGAAUCUGGUCUCGAAAUCUGGAAUCCCCGAGUCCUUCCAGUUUUUGGUGGAAACAUUGCGGAAGUAUACAUCGGAAGGACAGCAGGGCGUCUCACUGAGUCAUCUCGGCAUCCUCUUCAUCACGUCAGGUAAAAACCCUCAUAUCGGGCGUACCCUCGACUCCUAUCUCGGCGAGGCGGAGAGUCUGGGCUUGAUCGUUCGUGAAACCUCGGAUUCGAGAUCAUGGGUCAGGCUGAAACCUCAUAUCCAUGACCACCGCCACUCGAAAGGUGCAAACCAGGAGCUACCGGAUUCUAACGGUGCAGCUAGCCGCUCCGAACCGCAUCCUUCCGCCGUGUUUCAACCAGGCGACGCCAAGGGUGAUUACGAGGAAUACAAGGAAUUCGGGCCUCUUAUAGUGAUCCUCAAGCAGAUGAAGAGUAAAGGCAACUUACGGCCAUACAACAGUACUGUGGCGGAGGAGAUGCACAAGCAGUUCCCCGCGUUCAUGGCCAAACAGAAGAGAGCUUUCAGGGAGUGUUGCGUCAAGGCGGAGGCCGCACACCUGAUAAGAAGGGAAGGUGAUUGUAUCAUGCUCAUCGCGCCAUAG